GUCAUCCAAUCAGUGACUUUAUGUGAGUGGUUGUGAAGUGAAUUUAUUUUGAAUAAAAGGUUUUGCCACAUUUUAUCAGUGUUAAAGGGAGAAAUAACCGUUUUAUGGGACGCUGUUUGUUUUGUGUCAUUUAUGUCGAGUCUUCUGUGAUAACCGUAAAUACUUAUGUAUUGCAUGAAAAUGGAACUAUUUUACCUCGUUAUCAUUGAGCAAAGAUGAGUUUUGGUGUCGGAGUUUAUAUUUUGACCGUCCUCUGGUUUAUAACAUUAAUGUUAUGUUGGGUGACAGUGCGUACGGGCCACAGUAUCGGGAAAAUAUCGAUUGGCAUAUCUUCGUUAUUUACGCUGGUUGUAUUGCUUUUGCCAAAAGGCGAUGAUCACAACGUUUACAGUGCCAAUUUUUACGACAAAUUAUUUGUGGCGCGUUACGCGAUCCUUACAUUCUUGCUUGUCAGUGUUGUACUGGGAUCGGCAUUCUGUUUUGUUUAUGUUUGCCUGGCGCCAAUCGAAACUAAAAAAGUUAGAAGCCUUACUUUUAAUUAAUCUGCUUUGCCAACAUGUCUAGCUCAAUAUGCCAAGGGCUGCGGUCGCCAAUAAGAAGUCUGGCAACACUGCGCAGGGCCAAGGCUAUAUCCACAUCUCUAGUUCACAAUGAAACUAUAUUAGUUAAAAAUAAUGAAGAGUUUGUCAAUAAGGUAAUGAACAACGACAAGCCGGUGAUAGUGAACUUCCACGCGGAGUGGUGCGAGCCGUGCAAGAUCCUUACUCCGAAGCUUAAGGAGCUGAUCGAGCCGCUCAGCAACCUGGACCUGGCCGUCGUCGACGUAGAGGACAAUGCUGACCUGGUGCAUACUUUUGAGGUCAAAGCAGUUCCCGCAGUAAUAGCUAUAAAGAACGGUCUGAUCGUAGAUAAAUUCAUCGGUUUGGUCGACGCGGACAUGAUCACCGGUCUCAUAGACCGAAUGUCCGGUAAGAAGAAGGAGGGCGCGUAAACACUAGCCAUUUUAGCGUUUAGAUCGCCGUGUUACGUUGAUUUUAUGGGUUUUUAUGGAUUAAGGGUGAUGGGUUUAUUAGUAAGUAUAUGGUAGGUUUAAUCUUUGAAUUUCUGGGUAAUCCAAAGAAUCCUUGUGUAGGACAUUUAGGCAGCGGUGAGAGACUCGAAUCGUGUUUUUUAUCUAAUUCAUUGUUAUAACGAUCUAAAGAAUUGGUACAAUGUGUGUGGAAAUUUCCAGAAAAGUCGAGGAAUAUUCUGGCAUUUUAAGUGUGUUAUUUGGAAUAAUUGUAUUAGAUUUAUUAAUGUGUUAUUGAAAGGUAAAAUUUCCCAUAAAAACCCAUAAAAUUUGUGCAAAGUAAUGCGUAUUCUAUGAUUAGUUAAAUGUAUUUGAAGAUGUUGGCAAUACAAAAAAAUCAAUAGCGUAUAGCCGUCUCGCUCAAAGUGUAUGAAAUACUAAGCUGAAUAGAUCUACUUAGUCAUCGUGUUCUACAAUAGUAUUGAUUGUUUAUGUGAAGUAAUGGUAUGGACAAAUCUAGGUCAUGAUUGCAGAACUAAAAGAAUUUGUAUAUAUUUAUUGUCUUCUAUGUUCAUUUUACAAUUGAAUUUUCAUAGAAGACACCUAAAUGACCCAAUGUUUGUAUACAGUAUGUACAGCGUGCAUAAAAAUAAAGAUUAUGUCUCGAAUGUUUAUUUUUUAACAUAGUUUUAUUGUAUUGCCAACGUCUGUUAUUGUAAAUAGAUGAAAUAAUCCCAAAUCGUUUUUAUUCUUUAUGUUUUAGUUAUAAUUACAGCAAUAUUUAAUGCGAUAACAUAGGUUUCGUAAACUGACAAAUGUUUGUGUUUUGGAAAUGUGUUCGUUUUAAAUAUAAGCCUAGUCGUGUAAUGUCUGAUUUUUUUAUAGAAUAUAAAGAUUUAUAGACUAUUUUGUUUCAUACGGGGCUAUAAUUCAUAAUACUUUAUAGGCUAAAGGUAUAAAUAGAAUAUAUUGUGGUAUACAAAAAUAUUAUGUGUUUUCAAUGGGCAAUAUUAAAUGGUAAAUAAAAUACAACGUGAAUUUCCUUAAGUUUUGAAUUAUUUCCCUGUAUAUUUUUAGACUUUAAAAAUCUAGUUAAAUACAUAUAUUAAUGAAAUGUAUAAUAUUUAGAAUUGUUAUGUUCGGAAAUUAAUGAAACACCUUUAACUAUUAUAAAUAAACAAACAUAAGAUAAAAAGAAGUAGGUAAAAUUAGGUUUUACCACGAGGUCCUGAAAAAAAUCUACAUUUAAGUUUUACUGAGCUACUGCAGCUAGCGUCUGUGAACCUUAUUACGGAGUGGUAGGGCUUGCAAUAGGUACGGUGGCUGAAUGGAACUUAAGCGUAGAUGAUUUAAAAAUUAUCUAUUAAUAAUAUACUGAAAUGUUAGUCCAUUAGCUUCCUCUCCAUACGAUGUAUAAUUUCCGAACAUACGGCUACUAUUUACUCGGCAACUCUGGACAUAUCUCGGCUUUGCUAUCAAGCCUGCCUUACUCUAUUUAUUUUUUACAUUACUUACUAUACAGUUUCUACGCCUUUCUUGUUACUCACUAAGCAAACUAAAAGUACAAUCAAUUUUAAAAAUGUCCGGAAUAUAAAAUAAAUUAGUAUUUGCUAUCUCUACUUAACACAUGCUCAGUACAUAAAAGAAUAUACAUAUGGUCUAUAUCUUAAAUGUAAAGUUAAUUAUUCUAAUUAUUUCUGCUGACCAUACUUUUUUUUUUAUCAAUAAUUUAAUUAUACGUAUUACGUACCAAACCAAUAUGUAUAAGUACAGUAAACUAUAAUUUUCAAUCUGAUAUCAACUACUUAUAUUUUAUAUGUAUAAUUAUAGAUAUAAAAAAUAUUCUAUUACUUUGUCAAAAUUGUAUUUAUUUAUAUUUAAAAUAAAACAAGAUGGAAUUUUAUUAAAUUGAUUGUGCUAAUAUAGUUCAUAAUAUUAAUGGCAAUUCAAAUAUUGUUAAAACACUUAUAAUUUAAGCAAACAGCUGUUAUUAAGGUUUCUAUAUUUUCCUGUUACCUCUUGCCUUUUAUAACUUAUUGUAAAGUAUAGUAUAGCUGAUAAUUAGAUAGCUUGAAUUACUCAUAGCCAGGGGCGGAUUCAGUGGGGUCGACGUGUGGUCUUGACCCACACCGGUCCUGUAACUUAAUAUCUAGCCAAAUUAUGACCUUAGUUAAAUAGAUAUAGAUAAUUUGCUGCUUAUUUUCAUAUUAUAGUAAUGUGUAUUGCAGCUUACAAGGCAACUUUAGAAACAGGAAAUAGGUGUGGGCGAGAUUUCAAGAGUAAACCACUGUGGUAGCUGCCACUAAUAUAUGUGUUUGCCAUCUAAGCAAUUUAAAAUUCAAUAUCAUUACAACAUUUCUUAUAACCCUUACAUGUAUACUCAAAAAUCUAUGAAUAGGCUAUCUUAUUUCUUGAAAAUUAAUACGAGGUGAUUUUAAUUACUCCCCAAAACUGAUAUCUGCUUCCGCCCCUGUGUAGCUUAUGCGGCUAUAUGUAACGCUAUUUGCUCAGCCCGUCUGGGUGCUAAUGGUCCAUCCUACAGCGUAUACCUGUAGAUGUAAGAUAGCCCUUUUCUUGGCCUAACUAGUUGUAGAUUGAUCAGACGUGCAUGUGAAAUUUUUAUCAGUAUCAAGUUUGAAUGAUGGAUUGAAUAUGCUUGAUUGAAUGACUUAUGUAUACAAUAUAUCUUGCAGUUGUGCAAAUAUAAUUGUAGAAAAUACGUCAUGAUGAAAAACCUGUGAAAAUAUUGCAGUGAAUCGCGUUAUUUCAUCAUUGGGUACAAGUUAUUUACCGUAAGUGACGCCGGUAUAAUUUCAGCAAUAGGAUACAGUCGGCGACAUUUUAUUUUUACAAUAAAGUCGAAAUGUUUGUUACUGUGGUGAGUUUAAGUAAAUCAAGCGAAAAUAUACAAGCUGAUACGUUAUGUGGUAAACGUUUCACAUGUCUGUCUGUACAUAGAGCUUGUCCAGGUAUACGUGCAGUAGUAAUGAGUUUAGAAUAGUGCCCUAAACUACAUUCGGGUCCAUUAUUUGGUUGUUACAACCGCCCUUUACUCUGUGUCUUUAGACAUGUUACGUGUGAUGUGAUGUUUGACCAAAAAUAAAAUAAAUUGUAAACGUAAUAUACACGGGUUGUUAUGUGUGUAUUGCCUACAAAAUUGCAAAUUCAAGAUAUAUAACAUUACUAAAAAUACAGGCUGUUAUUCAAUGGAUAAUAGAUAUUGUUUGGGUUUAUCUGUUUAGCUAUGUAAAGUAAACUCACCGAAAAUCAUUUUUCACGUGAAAUAUUAAACAAAAUAAUUAUUCUAUGUUUAUAUCGUAAACGUAACAACCCAGAAUUUAUUCUCAAAUAAAAUAUACUUUUAUUUGGUCAAACCAAAACUUAGUAAAUGCGUUUAAAACCCAUAGCUGUAAUGUUUACUUUAUGUCAGUAAAGCGAUUGCGACUAACGAGAGGAUGUCGUCUGUCGUUAAUUGCAAUCAUUUAUCGAGAAUAUAAAACGUUAAUAUGAAUCUACCCUCACACAAAACGGAAUUGAAUUUUAGUUUAUAAACAUAAAACUGUAAAAUAAAUCAAUAUAUGAAGUCGUGUUAAUGAAUAAAUUAUAUUUUCUUGAA